GGGUGGGUUUGGUGUUUGAUUGUUCCUGAGAGGGGCAACCAUCAGAAGACAGUAUGGGUAAUUUGAAGAAUGUAGUGAUAGCAUUGGUGACCCCUCUUCCUUCCAUACUCUUCUAUCUUUCAUUCCUUAACCACUAUUACCAAAAUGGGAAUAGUACCAGUUCUGCUCUGUGGACAUGGUGCUUACACCAUCCUCUUCUUUUGGCCAACGCCUUCUUCUUCCUCAAUGUCAAUUUGCUCUUCUGGGUAAUUGGUCUUCUGCAGUCUAGCCACUGGAUGAUAGAUUUGUAUUGGACGGUGAUACCAGUAUUGCUUGUUCAUUACUAUGCAACCCAUCCUUUGGCCCAGUAUGACUGGUGGAGGUCCAGGGUUGUGAUCUUGAUGACUUGGGCGUGGAGCAUGAGGCUUUCCCAUAACUACUUUAGGCGAGAAAGGUGGCAGUGGGGUGUCAGGGAGGACUGGAGAUUUACAGAUAUGCGCCAUCAGUAUGGCAAGAACUGGUGGUGGGUUUCAUUUUUUGCGAUCUACCUCUCUCAGCAGGUCUUUCUAAUUGGGGUAUGUCUUCCAUUUUAUGCUGUCCAUUCGGUUGAUAAGCCAUGGAAUAUUUGGGAUAUGGUUGCAGUGGCAGUUUGUGUUUGUGGGAUUGUUGUUGCUUAUCAUGCUGACACAGAACUCCACAAUUUUGUAACUAGAAACGAUAAACUGAAAGGGCUCGGAAUGCCUAUUGUGCCCAAUCUUGACAAGGGCUUGUGGCGCUAUUCUCGCCAUCCAAACUACUUUGGGGAGCAGUUGUGGUGGUGGGGACUAGUCAUCUUUGGAUGGAAUUUGGGACAUGGAUGGACCUUUGUUGGGUCUCUCAUCAAUAGUAUGUGCCUAGCAUAUGUGACCAUUCUUGUGGAGAAUCGAAUGCUGAAACAGGAUUACAGGGCUGAAGCUUACAGGUUGUACCAGAAGACAACAUCAGUGUGGAUACCUUGGUUCAAGUCAUCUCCAGCAGGAGGAAAAGAUAAGAAUACUUGAUGUAUUUUCUCUUGUUUGCAUUUUCUUUAUUUGUCUGCAUCAUCUAUCUAUUUUGCCUUUCUUGGUAUGCUCAGCAAUUUGUGUAAUGUGUAACUUAUUGGUAGAAGUAUGGAUUUUACUUGAGUGCAGCUAUUUAGUUCCUUGUAUGAAAUCGAACAAAUCCUUUCUGCUUUUAUUAUAGACAAGUUCCUUUCUCAUCUGAAUUUGCAAGGCAGAACAAGAUUUAUGAUACUUCUUAGAGCUUAUAACUCAAAGAAGGAUUAAUUUUUUUACAUAGAUGGAGUGACACCAAAAGAAAAGAACAAACAAGACAAAAAAAACAAAAAAAAAAUGGUAACAAAGUGGAAGCAUUGAAGUUGUAGCUCUUGGUAGAUGGUUUGAUCGGAAUGUUUUGCAAGAAUAAUUUAGAUCCAGACCCGAUUGCUUAGUGUCUUUGAACCCAAAGGUGCAAUGGUAAACUUCCUAGAAGAAGUUUUGUAGGCUGGAUUUUCUGUUGCUAUUCUUAUGAAAGCUUUAAUCAUACAGGACUAUAAGGGGGUAUGAUUUUGAUUGGCAUGUGUCUAGGUAUCAGGUUCACCUAAUCUCCAAAUCAUAAGUCAUAUGGACACCGCUGAAUUUUCAAAUGUUCAAUUUAUCUCCAGUUAAAAAGUAGAGGAAAAUGAAGCGCAUAUCCACCAUAGUGCAUUGGAUAUUGGUCUUCUAACUUACACUGGGGUACUUCUAGAGAACUCCAAGUCUCCAACCAUACGCCUCUAUUUCAGGCAUGCCUAUUUGGUUCACUUCCAAGAGUAGUAUGUUAGAGACUUAUCAAAUACACAUACCCACGUCGUGCCAUGUAAAGGUACUUCACAUGUUGAGUAUUGUGUGCAACAUAGGUGGGAGCUGUGGGAUGUAACCCCUGAUCACAUCAACUUGGAAAACAGUUUACUAUGACAAUUUCCUUAAAGGUUCACUUUCUUAGUUUAGCAGAACAAAAAGCUAACAGGUUGUUUCAUUAGUUGACUUAUAACCUAUUGAUGAAUUCUCUAAAAGGGAAAUCAGAGCUGUCUGUAUCUUCACGCGUGCUUUGUUGGAAAUGGGAAUAAAGAAUUAGAAUCUUCUCUUUGGGAUGUAAUAUCCAAACAAUGAAAAGAACGAUGAUGCCUAAGAAUCAUGGUUUGAUGCUUCUUCCAACAAUGUGGCCUUGUUAUAGACUAUAGACUCACAUGUGUUUGCAGCCUGCAAAUACCUUAUGAUAAAAUCAUCAAUUGCAUCCUUUGAUUAUGACUAUGCAUCUUUUCCUGAGUUAGAAGAAUCUGUGUGAUCCGUGUCUCUCUUAAAGAUACUACAGGCUAUUCCCUUCUUCAGCUCUGUCAUUCAUUUUCAAACUCCAUAUCAGUCGAAAGAAAAUUUGAUUGAUUUGCUAGACAAGGUAUUAUUUAUUAUAAAAAUUUUUUAGGCCAUGUAUAUGUGCUAUGCACUAUGUGGAGUUGGCAGAACCAAGGCACACAAUUGGUAAAAAUUGGAAAGAAAGAGCAUGGUCCAACUGAUGUGAUUUAUGAAGCUUGAAUUUAUUCGAAGGAAAAUGCUUUGUUGCAAGAGUCACAAGCCAUGCCCAACUGGCAUGAGUUUAAUUAAGGGUCAUUUUCCUUUUCUUAGCCAUUGCUUGGUGUUCAGGUCACAUGGAUGUUGGACCUCUAGAGUUCACAAGUAGGGGUGAUUAGGCAUACAGGCAUUCCAACCUAUUUUAGUGGAAGGACGUGCUAUUUGUUUACAUCCAUUAGUUCGUAAGGGAUUCAAUGCAGAUUUUGAUGGGGAUCAAAUGGCUAUUCAUGUACCUUUAUCUUUGGAGGCUCGUUUACUUAUGUUUUCUCAUAUGAAUCUCAUGUCUCCAGCCAUUGGGGAUCCCAUUUCCAUACCAACUCAUGAUAUGCUUAUUCCUGUGCACACCACACAAACCGGCAACCCAUGAUCUUGAAGAGUUGAAAUCAAACAAUUCUGUUUUGGUAAACUAAUUUUAUCAUUGCAUGCUUUAAAAGAUUGACUUGAUUAAGAGGAUUCAUUACAUACAUGGUAUAAGAAACUUGUCUUAUUAUCAUGUGUCAUUGGAUUAUAAGACCUGACAAACAGAUAUCCUUACACACCAAAGAACAAUCUAAUGCUAUUUUGUAAUGACUUGCUCUUUCCCGUGUGGAUAUUAUCCGUACUAGAUCUAAUAAGUUAUCCUGAUUUAAGAAAGUGUGUACAUAAUUAAGAUGAGUUCACGGUAUACAUGUAUAAAGUGCCUUCUCCGUUUGUUCCACAUGAAAGUGUAGAGAAAUGAAAUCCAGCACGGCACGUAAAAAACAAUAAUAAUAAUCCUUGUCAUAGAAAGGAAGGUUGGUUUAAAAAACAAGGCCGUUGAGGUGGAUUUCCAUGUCAUUGUCCCUCUCGCUAUCUAAGAUUAAACUGUCCACUGUUCAUCACAGGGGAUCUUCCCUCUGAAGCCGGCAAUUGCCUUGUUGGGUGUUGCUAGUGACUAAUUUUCAAAUCAGUUUAGACUUCACAUAUUUUAAAUAAGAUGACUUGAGCCGUAUAGAAAAGGAGAUAUAUUUUCAUGCAUAGAUCCAAUCCUUCUCAUUUUUUUUUUGGGUAGGAAUGUGGCAUGGUAUUGACAUUUUUGUUCCGACAUUGGGCUCGUGUGCUCGUGACAGACGACAGCGAGGGUACGAAGAGAGUAAAACAAUCACAGACUGCACAGGACAUGAAAAACUCAACGAGGCUAGCGUGUGCGUAUUGCAAAGACAAGCAAAUUAGCUGGCGAGAAAUCUAACAGUUACCUUCAAAUUCAUGAACUAUGGAGUUUGUGCGCACUAGAAUACAACAUACAAGAGUUAAAUCAACCACGCAGAUGAAGCCAUUGAAAAGAGGGUUAGAUUUGUCUUUUGGGAAGUAAAGAAAAGAAAGGGAAUUUGAAGCCUUGUGGUUGUUGAACUACGAAGUAACGAAGCAAGGGAUUGGGUUGUUGAAAGUUGAAACCUGAAGGCCAUACCUUUGUUGAAGGCCGUUGGAUCACAUGUGACAUGCCAUUGAUCUCUAAAGUUAAUCUUAUAAGUCCGUUGGACCCGGGGGAUGCUGCCUUGUUCUAAGGGUCACUUGACUUGAUUUUGCUACCAUUUUCUUAUUUAGGUUUUCAUGAGGAAUAUCUUUCCACGGAGACAGAAUGUAUCUCGAAAGCAUUAUUAGCAAGACAAAGACCACAACGUCAUCUAUCCCAUUCAACAUCCAAUUGAAUUUAA